UGAGCAGCAGACUGCGUAGUGUCCAGCAGGUCGAUUUACUGCAACAAUGUGGAUCAGCGUAGCUAUUAUUUGUGCCGGUCUGGUCAUAUUUAUAUUAAAAUAUGUCUUCAGCACACCCGGGCCCAAUCCAUUUGAGGUGGACUCUCGAGAACCGCUGAAAAAAAUGGUCCACGACAGGAAGGAGAAAAAUAAAGUGUUAAAACAAGGUUUUCUUGCCAGUAAAGUACCUGAGAACUUGGACGCCAUCAUCAUUGGCAGCGGGAUCGGGGGGCUCGGUCUUGGGGUGCUCCUGGCCAAAGUUGGAAAGAAAGUCCUGGUUCUUGAACAGCAUGAUCGGGCUGGAGGAUGCUGCCACACAUUCACAGAGAAGGGCUUUGAGUUUGAUGUCGGAAUCCACUACAUUGGAGACCUCCAGGAACACAAGCCUUUCCGCUGCAUGUUGGACCAGAUCACCAAUGGACAGCUGCAGUGGGAGCCGCUGGCAAACCCAUUUGACCAAGUAGUGAUCGGGCCGCCAGAAAACCGGCGCCGUUACCCCAUCUACAGUGGAAGAAACCGCUUCCCGGAAGAGCUGAAGAAGUGCUUCCCUGGAGAGGAGAAGGCCAUCGACGAGUACAUGAGGCUGGUCAAGAAAGCAGGACGAGGCAUUUGGCUUGUGGCUCUGCUCAAGCUCCUCCCCAGCCCUUUGGCCAAGAUCCUGGUCUACACUGGCCUUGCCAAACGUCUGUCUUUCUUCUUUGAAAUGUCCCCCCGCAGCCUGACAGAAGUGGUGAACGAACUGACUGAGAACAAAGACCUCCGGGCCGUUUUCACCUACAUCUUUGGCACCUACGGUAACAUGCCAAAAGAUUCCAGCUUUUCUAUGCACAGCCUGCUGGUCACUCACUACCUGAACGGAGCCUGGUACCCGAAAGGUGGAGCCAGUGAGAUCGCCUACCACAUGAUCCCCAUCAUUGAGAAGGCAGGGGGUGCCGUUUUAGUCCGUGCCCCUGUCAACCGUAUUUUGUUCAACGAUGCCAAGGAAGCUUGUGGUGUCAGUGUUAUGAAAGGCCAGGAGGAAGUACACAUCCGUGCUCCUAUUGUCGUCUCUAAUGCCGGUAUCUUCAACACUUACCAGAAGUUGCUGCCUAAAGACCUCCAGGCCACGCCAGCCAUCCAGCAGCAGCUGAAGAUGAUGAAGAAUGGUGAAGGAGGCCUGAGUAUUUUCCUGGGUCUGAGUGGAACCAAAGAGGAGCUGGGUCUGGAGGCAGACAACUACUGGAUCUUCAAAGAGAACAACUUUGAUGAACUGGUGGAAAACUAUUUAAAUGGGCCGAGGGAAGAGUCUGCUAAAAGUGUUCCUCUCCUGUUCGUCGCAUCUCCAUCAGCUAAAGAUCCGACCUGGGAGGAAAGAUCUCCAGGAAAGUCCACCUUGAGUCUGGUCAGUUUUGCAAGCUACAAGUGGUUUGAGGAGUGGAAGGACGAGAAGGUGACAAACCGAGGACCGGACUACAAAGACCUCAAACAGACGUUUAUCGACUCCAUCCUGGAGGUGGUCAUGGAGAUCUUCCCCAAAAUCACCAGAGACAAGAUUGAGUACAUGGACGCCGGAACCCCCAUCACAAACACACACUACAUCGGAGCCCCAAAAGGUGAGAUCUACGGAGCAGACCAUGGCGUCGACCGGUUCAGCCCAGAGCUCCACGCAACCGUGAGGCCUCAGACUCCACUGAAGAACCUCUAUCUGACAGGUCAGGAUGUGUUUGUGUGUGGCUUCGCUGGGGCUCUCGCUGGAGCUCUCACCUGUGGUUCAGCCAUCCUCAACCGCAACCUCCAUUUGGACGCCAUAGCACUGGCGAAGAGAACAAAAUUUCUUAACGCUAAAUUAAAAGGGGAGUAACUACUAUGCAUCCAUAUCAUGCAAUAAUAAUUAACUUAGUGACCGUUAUACUACUGUACUAAAUGAACACAAAGAGGGAGGUGCAAAGUUUCUCACUACAAAGACUGGUUUAAUGCCAAAACUCACUUUAAAAGCAAAUUGUGAAAGCUGAAAUAACUUUUUUUUUACACAUAACUCUAUGUAGCAUUUUUUUUUUUGUCCGUAUUACUAUAAGCAGAACUAUUUGUUUGUAAGAUCAGAGUAAUAAGCUUCUAAGAAACCCUGCACCGGUUCAGGCAGCUGAAUAGUAUUGUGAAUCCUUCAGUUUGUUCAAUUGAAUGUGCAUUUUAUGUCUUUUUUCACUCAAAUUGCCUUUGAUCGUACAGUAACUCUGUGCCUGAAUACACUGUGUGUUUAGUUUGCAGUUUACAUGUUUGCAAAGCUUCCUCCCUUUUGGUAUGAAAACGUCCAAACAAUAAAAUGGUUCCAAAAUCUG